AUGGAGCGCAUCCUGCAGACGCACAAGCAUGAGCAGAAGCAUGAGCAACAACACCAGAGCUUCUCUCUGCAUGCUGCGUUUGCGUGCACCAAUAAGCAGCCAACGGAGCACAAGUUGGGGGCGAAUAAAAGCAUUUUCCCCUGGAUGAAAGAGUCCAGGCAAGCCAAGCACAAACUCGACAUGAGACUUACAGAGCGAGGAAGCGUCACUAGUACCGAGGCUCCGAGCUCGAGCUCCCCGGCCUGCAAGCGGACCCGCACGGCGUACACCAGCGCGCAGCUGGUGGAGCUGGAGAAGGAGUUCCACUUCAGCCGCUACUUGUGCAGGCCGCGCAGGCUGGAGAUGGCCGGCCUGCUCAACCUGCAGGAGAGGCAGAUCAAGAUCUGGUUCCAGAACCGCCGAAUGAAGCAGAAGAAGGACGAGCGGCUCUUGCAGCAGCCGCAACAACACGGACCGACCUCCGGCUCGCCCUCCUCACCCGGCUCACCCCCCUCCGCCUCGGGCAGCCCCACUUUGUCCAGCCUGGGUUAUGUGCACUUGGGCGGGGACUACCAGCCGGCCUCCGUUCGACCCGGGUCUAUGCAACAGCAUUCCGGGCCUGAGUGGUCCGAUUACCCUGCUUCGAGUUUCACGCAAUUUGACACGCGCAGCACCGCGCACGCGCAGAAUCCCACCGAGGAUUUCAAUUCGGCUUUUUUGACCCACAACUCGUGCAGCCCUCAAGACAGAAUCAUGCAAGCUCCUAAACUCACGCAUCUGUAA